CUCGAUCGCCUGCGAUAACACAGCUGAGUCACCUGAGAGGGUCUGGCUGGGCCUGCUGUAGAGGCAUCCAUUUUGAGAAUGGUUUCUGCCUCACAGCACUCAAACGUCUGCUAAACUCACAACUGGCCAGUGUGGAGUUUGCCCUUAGCAACAACAAGGUAAGCUGCCUACAUUUUAAAGGAUGUUUUUAACUUCCACAUUACAUUAUAUAUAUCCGAUUUUUACCAUAAAGAAAAUCAUCAAGGGAUUUAUUUAAGACUUUAUUUGAAGGUUUUAUGAUGACAGAUAUACGUUUUGUGUAGACGUUAAGUGUACGUUUAUUGUGAAGGAGCCAAAGGUCAGUUUUAAGUCUCUUUUGUGUUGUGUGUUGAGUAGCUGACUGUAAAGAUGUAGGGUUUGGACCAGAAAGCAAUUUUGUGAGUGACUUUGACUGCACAAUGUGAUAAAUGAGUUUUCCUCAAACUCCUGUGAGUGGCUAUUGUAUGCUGCUUUCCUAGCGCUCUAAAAAAACAAAGUGUUUCACAAACAUUCCACCAUUUUCUUUCAUUUUCUUUCUUAAGAUCAAACAUUCUUAUGGAGCACUAUUUACAGCUGACAUAUAUGAGUAUCUGUGCUACAUCAUAAAGGGGAGUGAGUAGAAAAUGUCAUGUAGGAUUAAUUGGUCGAAAUGUUUGUCAAUAUCAACCAUUAUUAAAAGCAAAAAUAUACACAGCACACGUAUUCAAAAAUGUGAAAUCCUUAUUAAAAUAGGCCUAACCCUGUUGUGUUUUUGCUCCUCUAUGAUUCACACAGUUCCUCUACAACAAGAAAAUUAAUAUUUCUUCCAUCCUCAAUGAUUAGCUAAACCCAGAGCCCCCUUACUGUAUAUCAGCCCAUAGUAUGAAAAACUGGAAUAAGAUAUUCAAGAGAGGAGACCCGGAGAGUGUGGAUGGGAACUCCUCUUUGAAGAAAAACUCCUUGAACAAUGUCCCGCUAGAGCUAACACCUCAGAGGGCCUUAGAGGACGACCUUUCAGAUGACGUAAACUCCACUGCCCACUCAUCCAGCACUCCCCCAUACGUACAAGGAGUGGGAGAUGGUGGGGACGAGGGAACCCUUAAGGACAGGUUGAGAACUCUCCUCCCCCAAUCAUGGGGCAGUAUUCUCCAGAAAUGGAGCAAGGGUGAUGCUGACUCUGACCUGGGCUCCACAGGGGUCAAGAUUGUGCCCAAUGGGACCAGGGUGAGUCCACCUGUCAGUCCCAUACUGGAGAGGAGGUACUGGGACACUCAGGACUCACUGGGGACCUCCAGCAAGAGUUCUCAUAGGCCCUUGUUGAGGGACAUUCCUAUAGACAAUGACCUACUCCAUUAUCUUCCAGAGGAAUCAGAGCUGACCAGUAUCCAUCCAGCUGAGUACUAUGCUGAGAAGGUGGAGGUCUACAAGCUGAAAUACUCCUAUAUGAAAUCCUGGCCUGGGUUAUUGAGACUCCUGGCUGGGUUUGAGCUUCUCUUUGGGGGUAUGGUCCUCGCCUGUGUCUGUGCUUCCAUCCAUAAGGACAGUGAGUGGUCGAACGCCUAUGGACUGUACAAUGGUGCGUAUAACAAUGGAUAUGGCACAUCGGGGUACUCCUAUAAUGGACCUAUGACUCCAUUCGUGCUAGCAGUGGUUGGGGUGGCGUGGAUUGUAACCAUCCUCCUACUGGUAAUAGGGAUGACUAUGUACUACCGCACCAUCCUCCUGGACUCACCCUGGUGGCCUCUCACUGAAGGCAUCAUCAACGUUGCCCUGUUCCUCCUCUACAUGGCUGCUGGUAUCGUGUACCUGAAUGAUCUCAACCGUGGGGGGUUGUGUUACAUGACUAUAGGUAUUAACCCCAUAAUGUCCAGCCUGUGUCGGGUGGACGGGGGCCAGAUGGCUGGCACGGCCUUCAUCUUCAUCAACAUGCUGAUGUACCUCAUCAGCUUCCUGGUGUGUCUGAAGAUGUGGAGGCACGAGGCCGCCCGCAGGGAGGUGGAGUUCUUUGAGAACCAGGUGGGUGGUUGGAUUUUUUUUUAAAUCCCAGUGCUCACUGAUCCUCUAUCAUCUUUUGUGUAUUUAUUUUGUAUAAUUUUGUUUUGUCAUUUAGCAGACACUCAUCUCACCAUUCAAGUGAGGUAAAUCUAGUGUAUUAAUCUAAUGUCUAGUGUAUUAAUCUAAUCUGACACUCUCUACGUUGCCCUUUCCUCUGACUGAGGUAUGAAACUUAUUACUGCAGGAACCUGACUCAUGGUAUUUCUAUUGCCCAUUGGCAUCUGAAAGUUGUUGUGGGAAUGGUGUCAGAUCAAACAGUUCUUAGAGGUAAUGGAAAGUACCAUUAUGACUGGGAAUGAGCCAACAAUGCCUAGGGUCUCAAAACAAUGGCAGUGAAACUACUACUGAUGUAUAGUAUGUAAGCAUGGAUCAAUCAGCACUUAGAGGUCAUGGAAAGUACCAUUAUGACUGGGAAUGAGCCAACAAUACAUUGGGUCUCAAAACAGCAGCAGUGAAACUACUCAUGUGGAUACGUAUGGGGACACCAUUGUUUCAUAUAGCACUGCCGCUGGCUGUUACAGCCCAAGUUUAUUACUGUUUGUAAAUGGAGUCCAGCUUUAUCAAUUCUAGCAGCAACCAACUAAAGGUAAAGAACAACAGAGUUAAUGUAUUUCAUGCCAGAUAAGCACAGGCGGAAGGCGAGGAGCAAAAACAGUGAUUGCGUCAUUCAGCUGAGCUAAUGUAGCCAAAUAAGCUUAGUUUACCAACUGAAGACAUAUAGGAACAUUAUGAUUCUCUACCAUACGUUUUGCAUAUCUGGAGGGAGACCGUUAAAAGGAUUAAUUUAGAUAAAGCUGAACAAUUGUCAUACAGCUAAAUACAUAGAUAACUUCACACAGUUGCAGUUACUGUAGAGUAGGGAUGGGCAACUUUUUACUGUAGAGCAGGUGGGGGACACAAAAAGGGGGGCCGAAGUGGCUCGCGGGUCUGAGUACCCACAUGUGCAGUUUACAGCUAGUUUCCUGCAAUUCUACACAUUUUUGCCAUAGGGUGGAGAUCACAGGAGGCUGCUGAGGGGAGGACGGCUCAUAUUAAUGACUGGAACGGCGCAAAUGGAAUGGCAUCAAACACAUGGAAACCAUGUAUUUGAUACCAUUCCACUAAUUCGGCUCCAGUCAUUACCACGAGCCCAUUCUCCCCAAUUAAGGUGCCACCAACCUCCUGUGGUGGAGAUUUUAUUUAGCAGUUUUUAAUAUGAUAUCUGAGUGAGAGUGACUAUAGCAAAAUCAAUGGGGGUCCGCCGGUCAGUAAUUCGACCAUGAUUCCUACAAGUUUAGUUUGCUGGCAAGACUAACUUACCAAUCUUCUAUUUUUUUUGCUGACAUGGGCUAAUUGAGCGACUGUCAGUCAGUGACUUACAUAAGAAAAAAACUGCUGAUGCACAACAUUUCAAAAUUGCACCUUGUGUAUUGUACUAUUCUAACUCUCAACUGUAAGUUGAGACCCCGACUGAAUUCCUGCGGGCUGCCAGUUGCCCAUCCCUACUGUAGAGUGAUCACUUACGAAUGAGGCAGGUUUCUUUCACCCUUUCAGCACAAGUGUACAUGUGUCAUUGGAUGCUCUGGUAGCCUAUAUACUUUGAGUUGCUGCAUGAUACCCUAUGCUUCAACUUUGGCUUCAGGAGCAUCUGAGGCCCAUCCCUGUGGCCCAGAUCAAAUCUCCCAAUCCCCAGACCAAGAGGAUUGUGUUUGAGGAUGAGAUGGACAGCUCAGUGAGGGCAACCAAACUCCUCCACAUCACAGACUUUCAGCAAGAGGAGCCAGGCAGCCGUAACAGAGCCAACCCCACAGGGUACGCCCAGAAGUCCAGAGUCAUCGCAGACUAUGUCAUGUGAGUGAGAGGAUCUAUGCCUAAUAUCCUGAUACAGAUUUUGAGCAAGGAUGUUAAGCUGAGGUGCAUAUGAAGAGACAGAAUCAAUGGUAUUAGUGACUUUUAAAAUGACAUGGAGUGCUCGUAUUUUGUUUAAUUGUAUUAGGCUAGGUGUAAUAAUGGUAUGGUAGGUAAUAAUACAUUAGCAUUAUCUAACAUAGUCUUGUGUCUUGUCUUAUUCCUAAAGGAAGUAUCCAGAAAUCUCCUCUUUGGAGGAUAGGGAGAAAUACAAAGCUGUCUUUAACGACCAGUAUCAGGAGUACAAAGACCUUCACAAAGACAUCAGUGACACCCUCAUGAAGUUCAGAGAGCUGGAUGCCAUGAUGGGUAAACUCCUCAAAGAUGGCAAUAGUCAUGAGGUGAGUGAUUUCAUCUACCACUUUAAAUCUGGGCCUGAGCCUUGAUGGUGAUUUCGAUAUCUCACUAUGAUAAGAUACACCACAAUACUUUCCUCUAUCUGGAAGUGUAACUACACUUGAACUCAAUAUAAUGAGCAUUUUUGUAAUCUCAUUGUCACAGUCACUGAUCAAUAAGAGGUACAUUACAUUCCAUGUACUGCACAAAGGCUUCCACUAAAAAUAGCAUGUGUCAUCUGCAUGAUACUAUUUUUAAACAUAAAUAUCUGUCAUCCUUUUAACCAAUUGAAUUGUGGGUGUUUGUUCUGUCCAUCAUGUAGGAGCAGAAGAGAAUCCAGCGGAUUUUGAAGAAGUACGAGCAAAAAAAGACUGUAAGUGAUCGACAGAGGUCCCUAACAUUCCUCUCACAUUUCCUCGCUCAUGCUGAAACAAUUCCAAAAUCAUUCAGCAAUCAUUUUAACAUUUAACUGAGAUUUAUUAGAAUUGUUACUGUUGUGUAAACACCCAGGUAAUAUUAUAUUUUUUCAAUAAAGCUGCACAUUCAUGUAAAUAAUAUUGCUACCACUUUGAAAUGGGGCCUCUGGAAAUUCUAAUUUACCACAUCUACAUUACAAAAAAAUCUGGGGCUAUGUGGGAAAGAGGUGGAGUGAUGGAGCUGCAGUCGACACGAUGUGUGUUUCUGUGUGACUUCACAGGACCCUGCCUUCCUGGAGAAGAAGGAACGAUGUGACAAUCUGAAAGCUAAAUUAAACCACAUCAAGAACAGGAUCCGCAAUUUCGACCAAGACACCAUGGCAAAGGGUAGGACGUGAAGAAACAGCACGUACACUGAGGGAACAAAGGGGCCAUUAUUAUUCUGUUCCUGUCACGUCUUUUAUUGUCUUCUCUGUGAGUUUAUGUCUGCACUAAUUGUGUUUGUGGUGUGUUACUUAUGUAGGUUUCAGUAAAUAUCUGUACAAAUCAGUAAACUGUGUGUUGUUACACUAUAGCCUACAACAGUUUUUGUACUACUGUAAAGAUUACUUUCCCAGGAAUAUUGUGUGUGAGUUUCAGUCAUUAAGUGAAUGAACUCAUAAACGGAGCGCAAUUCUAUACAUACCUUUGGACUUUUGUGGACAAUGCUAACGCGAUAAAUUCCCAUUGUAUCGACUAACAUUGCAUUUACACUUGUAGGCCUACAGGGCAAUACACUAUCAAAUCUUUGGAGAGUUUUU